AAUACUGCCGCAGACACUUCUCCAUCUCAAAGAAAGAUGGACGAUCGUGGAAAUACCCAUCUUAUUGAUGAUGACAAUGAUGAUGAUUCAAGGCAGUCCCCAGACACUCCAAGCACUGUUGUGCCAGCUAAUGCAAGUAUGGGAUCACAAAUAGCUGUUAUUGAGGUCAAAGACAGUGAUGAUGAGGAUGAUGAGUGUUUCGCAAGUGGAGCUUUGAAGGGAAAGGAAGCGACUUGUGGCGUUGCAGCAACAGGUGAUGAUAUUGGACAUUCAAAUUUAUCAAGACCACAAAGAGCUUUUAUUGAGAUCAAAGACAGUGAUAAUGAUGAUAACGGGUUUAUCACAAGUGGAGCUUUGAAUGAAAAGGAAGCAACUCGAGACACUGCUGCAGCAGUUAAUGAUAUUGGGCAUUCGAGUUUAUCAAGUUCAUUUCUGCAGGAAAGCAAUGCUAGCCCUGUGAGAGUAAAUGAGACGAUUGGAUCCCUAAAAAGAAAAUGGUUUCCAGAGCCUGAAAAUUCAUUUGAUGGAUUGAAUAAAAAUCUGGUGGAUGGUUCUGAUAGUGAUGAUGAUGAUUCCAGUUCCACAUCCUGUUCAGAUUCCGAGAUCAAUGAGGUCGAGCUUCCUUCAAAUUUUCUUUGUAGCACAGGUGGUAAACGGAGAAAAAUAUAGACAAGCAUGGCCUUUGCAUUAAGCUCUUUGCACAGCUGUACUUAUGGAAAUAUCUCUCUUUUUUAUUAUGCUCUAUAACUAGUCUUUUGGAUACUUAGGCUAUGUUGAAAAUUAGUGAAAGCCAAAUGCUAAUUACUUCUUACCAAAGUUUCUCUCUCACUUUAGCUGAUGAAUCAGGAAUAGUUGGUUCCCAACCGAGCUUGUACAAGUCAGGCCAAAAUUGUUUAUUUUUCACAUUGGGGUUUAUAUGUAUUGUACAGUAUAUUAUUAUGCUUAGUUCAUCAAUAUCAAUAUAUACACACAAACUCUACCACCAA